GUGUUGUGUGCUACCGUAGAAUUUCACAAGAUUUCGCGAGCCUUGUCAGCGAAGAAAAAUGUGUAGCAUUCAAGAUGGAGAUGUGCCUCUUGAGAAGCCAAAAGUUGAAAAGAGUGUUGGCCGGAAGUGUCUGAAAUGCAAGAAAGAACCAGCUGUACUGAUAACACGGGUCAACGAUGCAUUCUGCAGGUCCUGUUUCCAAGUGUAUGUGACUCACAAGUUCCGAGCUGCCAUCGGCAAGACAAAACUAGUUAGGGAUGGGGAGACUAUUCUUGUGGCUUUCUCUGGUGGUUCGGCAUCUGCUGCCCUGCUUCAUCUUAUUCAAGAGGGCCUGAGCCAAAGGGCACACAAGAAGUUGCGGUUUACACCAGGGGUGCUUUUUAUUGAUGAGGGUGGUUCAACUUGCCAGACAGUAGAAGAAAGAAAGUCCAGCUGUGAUCAUGUGAAGACUAUUCUACAGAAAUCUGGCUUUCCGUUCCAUAUAGCUGCUUUAGAGGAGGGUCUAAAUAUGUCAACUUUUAAAGGAAGGCUUCCAGAAAGUAUGACUCUUGGGCAUAGCUUCACUUCUGUCAAUAAAUCGGAUUCUAUCCCAAAUGAGACUAACCAUGGGCAAAACAAAGGUACUUUGUUAGAAAGCCAGCCCUCUAAGUGUGAUAAAGAAGAUUUAGAAUCGCAUGUAAUAUCAAAGGAUAAUCAGCCUUUACGGGUAGAUUCGGGGCUGGGCAGCCAGUUACGACAGCUCCUAGACUCUGUAAAGUCAGUGUCAGGAAAAGAGGAUUUGAUUCAAACACUAAGGCACCAGAUGUUAUACGAGGCUGCAAGGCAUUGUGGGUACUCCAAGGUGAUGCUGGGUAGCUGUGGGACACGCCUGGCUGUCCGUCUGCUCACUGACAUAUCAACAGGGCGGGGCAUGCAUGCAGCCAUGGAAUGUGCAUUUGCUGAUAAACGGCACAAAUAUAUGUUGUUUCUGCGACCGUUGAGGGAUUUCAGUACAAAGGAGAUAGCCAUGUACAACAGUCUACACAACGUAGAGACAGUCUUCACCCCAAAACUCACUACCAAAGGGAAUGUUGGUGCAAGUAUAGAACAUCUAACUGAGUCGUUUGUAACGGGUCUCCAGGCCGAGUACCUUUCAACAGUCAGCAAUAUUAUGAGAACUGGAGAAAAGCUGGAUUCCACUCCUGAAAGCUCUUCAGAAAACAGUUGUGCUUUAUGUCAGGGUAUACUAGACACGGAUGUUGGAGUAUCAUCAGCUUUGUCUGCACUUGAGUUUUCCCGCCAAAUCUCCACUGGGAAGAACGCUAUAGUAAAGAAGGGAGGCAACUCAUGUGGAAAGAGUGACAUCAAGGGGGAUAACUCAUCUUCAACAGUGGAGUGUUGCGGAGAGGGUGACGGAAGCUGCCAGUCGUCAGUGUCAAAAAGACCCAGCUGUGAUCAAGUGACAUCCCGACUGUGUUAUGGGUGCCGUAUAGUUGCAAAUGAAAUGGAAGAUAUAAACACAUUUCCUGACUUUGUUUUUGAUACGGUGUCUCGGCAGGCCAGAAGGUCUGAUAUGAAAGCUGAAAUUGAAGAUUUCCUGUUGACCGACAGUUGAUGACAAGUCCUCGACAUAGACAGUGGAUUUCUGAUAUUGAUUAUAAUGUAGAUACUGAUGUUAAAUGUCAUACAUAAAUAACUAUUCUAGUGUGUUGAUUCUGUCAGUUUUGCUUCAAUAAAUAUUUUAAAUAAUGUAAUAAAGUUUCAUCAUG